CGUGUUUCAUACAAGUCAAGUUUUGUUUUCCCCAGUGACUAAUAAAUGAAAUUGGUGUAUUGACGAUUGACAAAAAAAAAAAGAAUGACGCUCCAGCCGGUGCUGGCCACGAUCGGCAACCUGUACGGGGUCACCUUCCCGGCGUCGGUGCAACCCACCGUGGCGCAGUACAUCCUGGCGCAACUGCGGAACGCCCCCUUCAACCAGCAACUUCCAGAACCAAUCCUCGAGCAGACGGCGAUCAGCUUGUUCAACGAUCUACUCACCGAACUGGAUAGAAUUGCCUUAAAAUUACCACCUGGAGACAUCCUCCAGGUGGAGCUGUCCACCGCAGUAGCAAUCCUCCGCCAACUGAACCCACUGCAGCUGUACAUGACCCUGAUCGAGUUCGGUCAACCUCCAGAAUCGCCACCUCCAGCGAUCGACCAGCAAGCCAACGCGUUACAGCAAAUGCUACGCCAAUGUGAAGCCCAAAUCGGAUCCAUCGCGCAGAUGACGACCCCCUUGCAGAGGCAGCCCGCGGUCACCCAACUGACGAGGGACCUCUGGAUCGUCGUAGAACAAGCGACCGACCUCGCAAGCCAGAUCAUCGGAACGUACUUGCGGCAGUGGAGAAUCGGCCAGGAUCGGCACGGUUUGGAUCAAACGGGUUUAGCGGCCACGCUGGACACGAUUCAGCGCGCGUGCGAAGUUCUGGCCAGCGUGGUUUGGGCCGUUCGCGACCAAAUCGUAGCGCUUCCGGUGCUGGGUGUGCCGGUUGAGUUGGCCGGGCUGUUCGAUCGGACCCGGGAUCUGCUGGCGCUGUUGGCCACCAAGUGUUUCGUCGUCGAGUGCCAACCACCGCGGGUUAUCAAGACCAACACGAAAUACACGGUCGGGGUGAGACAUCUGCUUGGUGGCCAGCUGCACGCUAGGAUGGUGGGGAUGAAGCUUCAAACAUGCAUCGUUUCAGAAUCCCAAGCCCGCAACAUCCAACAAUCCAACAUCGUUACGAUGGAGAACAGUGGAGUGCUAACGUUCGACGACGGCGCACUGGAGCUGGACAAAGAUUCGAAACAUUUGAAGGCAACCUUCCGAAACUUGCAGGUCAAGAAGAUUCAGCGUCAGGAACGGCGCGGAGCGGACUCCGUUACGGACGAAAAGUUUGCCUUUCUGUUUGAUCUUGCGUUUGCCGUUGGAGAUUUGAUAUUCUCGGUUUGGACCAUUUCCCAACCGGUGGUGGUGAUCGUACACGGGAACCAGGAAACUGCCGCAAAGGCCACUAUAGUCUGGGACAACGCGUUCGCUGAUCCCAGCCGGAUUCCGUUCGAGAUAUCGGAGCGCAUGGGCUGGAACGUUCUCGCCGAGAUGCUCAACCGGAAGUUCCGCUCGAUGCUGCUAGACCGUCCGCUGUCCGCGGAAAAUUUGCACUUCCUCGGCGUAAAAGCCACGCGAAGAAACCUCCCCUUUCCGGUUCCGGACGCGGAGCUCGUGACCCGCGCCCAAUUCUGCCGGGAUUUGAUCCCGGCGCGGCCUUUCACCUUCUGGGAGUGGUUCUACGCGGCGGUUAAGGUCACCCGGGAUUCCCUCAAAGAUAUCUGGAACGAUGGGCACAUGGUUGGAUUCGUCGAUAAGGCUCGGGCCGAGCAGAAUCUGCGCCAGCAUUCGCCGGGGACGUUCCUGCUGAGGUUCUCCGACAGUCAGCAGGGUGGAAUCACGAUCGCGUACGUUACGAACGAACCGUCCCGUCGUAUUCAGCACAUCAAUCCGUUUAUCGGAAAGGAUGCGGCCAACGCGAUAAACGCCAUUCGUGAUCUGCCACAGCUGAAGUUUGUCUAUCCGGGAGUUCCGAAAGAGGAAGCGUUCGGAAGGCAUUUUCAACCGAAGGUGCUGCCCGUUGCGGGUUACGUUCCGGCCGAGCCUGCGGCUCCGAUUGUGGCCCCUCAGGCUGAUGGAUUGACUAACAAUCAGCUGGUCAAUUUGUCGAAUGCGAUUCUGGGCAAGGGCCUUCCCCGCUCCGAGUACUACCUAACUCAAAACGGCAAACGGCUCACCGAUGUGACGCCGUCACCCCUUCCGGAUGUCCCCAUCCGGCUGCAGGAGCGCCUUCCCGCAGGGAAGGGCGGCUUUGGCUCCAUGCUGCGCGCCAUCGGUGCCCAAAUCGAGAAGACCACCAACCGGGAGGCCUGUCGCGACCUGAGCGGACGCCGUCUCCGCGACAUCAACGAGGAAAAGCGUCUCAAGGCGUACCUGGACAAGCAGAAGGAGGCGGACACGGAGGACGAGGCCGCGAAGCUGCAGAAAAAGGUGGACAAACUGCUGGCCAAACCGAAGCACGAAUUUCACGACGCACGGUACAACCAGGCCCGGACUGACCUCACCCAGAACGUGGACGAAGCGGUGCAGGAGGGAUUGAGGAGGGCGGCGGAAGUGGCAGCCGCCGGGGAGGGUGGUUCCAAGCGGAAGGCCAAGGACGACGGGAGGGACGCCAAGGGCAAGAAGAAGAAGGCCAAGGGGGCGCUCUGGCUGGGGGCGGACGAUUUGGGGUCCAGUUCCGAUGAUGGAGACAGCGAUGAGGACGACGGAAGCGAUUCGGCCGGGUCUUCGAGUGGAGUUUCGUCGGCGAAGCAAACGGUCGGGCCGACGUCCGAGGAGGAUGAGCGGAGCAAUCCGGGCAAGGAGGUGGAAGUUGCGUCGGGUUGAGAUUGGGGAAAUUUUGGGUUCGUUUUAAGAAAUAGACUAGUUUGGUGUUUCUUCUGGGGUUUACAAAAUAUUGUAUUUAAUGAUUUUAUUUUUUCUAAUAAAUGUGGAUCGCUGACGGAA